UACCAGAGUUGUAAGAACACUGUGGUUUACAAACAACGAUGAUGAACCCAUGGAUCUGAGAUUAGACUCAGAUUACACAGGUCGUGUGGAGUAUGACACAUGGAUUGAUGGUUAUAGGACGCACUGCAGACUGAGAAUCAGUGACCUGAGAGAGAGUGACUCAGCUGUGUACAAGUUCAGGUUCAUAACAAACCAACCAGGAGGAGAAUCCUCUGGCGAACCUGGAGUCUCCUUAACUGUCACAGAUUUGCAGGUGAAGAUGAUCAGAUCAUCAACCUACCAGUCUUCUAUCUGGGCAGAGCUGAAGUGUCACACUCUCUGCAGGCUCACUGGUCAUUCUUCCUACAUCUGGUACAAGAAUGGAGAGCAAAAAGGAUUCUCUUCCUCUUAUAAAGACUACAUUUAUCCAGAAGACAGCUACUCCUGUGCUGUGAGAGGACGCGAGCGUUUCCGCUCUCCUUCAGUGUAUGCUCCGAAGGUUCCCUCAGUGUCGGUGAGGCCCUCUGGUGAAAUAGAGGAGGGCAGUUCAGUGACUCUGACCUGCAGCAGUGAUGCUAACCCAGCAGCUACUUAUACCUGGUACAAGAAGAAUGGAAAUCCAGACCAGGAAGCUUUGAGGACAGGACCACAGCUGAACUUUGUUUCCAUCCAGUCCUCUGACUCUGGAGAGUUUUACUGCACAGCACAGAAUGAGCUGGGAGAGAACACAUCUGACUCCACCUCUAUUGAUGUGAAAUAUGCUCCGAAGGUUCCCUCAGUGUCGGUGAGUCCCUCUGGUGAAAUAGUGGAGGGCAGUUCAGUGACUCUGACCUGCAGCAGUGAUGCUAACCCAGCAGCUACUUAUACCUGGUACAAGAAGAAUGGAAAUCCAGACCAGGAACCUUUCAGGACAGGACCACAGCUGGACUUUGUUUCCAUCCAGUCCUCUGACUCUGGAGAGUUUUACUGCACAGUGCAGAAUGAGCUGGGAGCAAAAAGAUCUUACUGUAUCUCUCUUGAUGUGAAAUGUGAGUGA